UGUUGUGCCGCAGCCUCUUGUCACGUUGGGCGAGGAGCUACAUCUAAAGUGCACCUCCACCUUUAUUUAGUGAUAUUCACUCAUCGUUUAGUCAAUGUCCUGAUAUUUACAAAACCGGUGGGUUCAAACGUGAACUCUGGUUUGUUUUUUGGGGUUUAAUAAUUCGUUUUGAGGCGUUUAGUUAUCGCUAAGUAGCUGUGUUAGCAUUAGCUGGCGUUAGCUGAGGGUUAGCUAGUUAUUCAAACAACAGUGUGUGGUGUGAACAGGAGCACUGACCGGCAGCUAUGUCGCUGUAUGAUGAUCUCGGCGUGGGGGCCAGCGACACCAAGACCGAAGGGUGGUCCAAGAACUUCAAGCUGCUUCAGUCCCAGCUGAAGGUGAAGAAGGCGGCUCUGACCCAGGCUAAGACGCAGAGAAUGAAGCAGACCAUUGUCUUGGCUCCUGUCAUUGACCUGAAGAGAGGAGGCUCCAGUGAGGAGCGACAGAUCCUAGAUACCCCCCCACACGUUGCUGCUGGACUCAAGGACACUGUGCCUAGUGGUUUCUCCUCCGGCGACGCGCUGAUCCCGUUGGCGGACGAGUACGACCCUAUAUUCCCCAACGACUAUGAGAAGGUGAUGAAGCGACACAGGGAAGAACGACAGCGGCAGAGGGAGCAGGAGCGGCAGAAGGAAAUUGAGGAGAGAGAAAAGAAAAGGAAAGACAGGCAUGAUGGAGUAGCUCCAACCGGUUUCUCUCGUUUCCCGGCAACAGAGGAAGACUCAGACGAGGAUGACGAGUACGAGAAAGAGCGGCAAAAGCGAACUUUGGGUGGAGCAGCCAUCGCUCCUCCUUCUUCACUUAUGGACAGAGACGGCUCCUCUUCAUACUCCUACGAGGAUGAAGUUCGUCCUGCCAGAGGAUCGAAGGCCGCAAUUCCACCACCUAUGUAUGAGGAAUCAGAGCGACCACGUUCUCCGCCCGGACCAACCAGCUCCUUCUUGGCCAACAUGGGAGGUACGGUGGCCCAUAAGAUCAUGCAGAAGUACGGCUUCAAAGAAGGCCAGGGCCUGGGGAAGCAUGAGCAGGGCCUCAGCACGGCGCUGUCUGUGGAGAAGACCAGCAAGAGAGGCGGAAAGAUCAUCAUAGGCGACGCUGCAGAAAAACCAGGAUCCAGUCUGUUAGGUGUUGCUGAGACUUUUGCCGGAGGCUUUUCAGCCGAUCCUUCCAAGAAGUCAGAUGCAAACCCGCUCACAGAGAUCCUCAAAAACCCAACCAAAGUGGUUCUGCUGAGGAACAUGGUGGGCCGAGGAGAAGUGGAUGAAGACCUGGAGGGAGAGACGAAAGAAGAGUGCGAGAAAUACGGCAAAGUGAUCAAAUGUGUCAUAUUCGAGAUUGCGGAGGUUCACGAUGAUGCGGCUGUCAGGAUAUUUCUGGAGUUUGAGAGGGUGGAGUCUGCCAUCAAAGCUGUGGUUGAUCUUAAUGGACGUUACUUCGGCGGGCGAAUCGUCAAAGCCUGCUUCUACAAUCAAGACAAGUUUCGGGUUUUGGAUCUCGGGGAGCAGAUGUGAUGUGUCCAUGUGAAGCUUCACACACACCAACAUACCUAUGAACACACCUCCUCUUCCUCCCUUGUACAUAAACAUUUUUUUUAUAUUUUCCGAUCAGCAGUGGAGAGUCUGAAUGUAGCAAUGACUACACCAACUUGUGGAGAUUUACUUUUCUUUUUUUCCUGUAACGAAAGAUAACCUUUAUGUGGAGAAAUAUAAAAGGUCUAAACAA